AUGUCUGAAGAUAAACAGAGCUUCCUCGGAAAGCUCAAGAAACCGUUCAAAACCCAUUCUAGAUCCUCGUCCAGCACGAAGUCGCUGGAGACUGGCCACAGCGACGUUGUGGAUGCCGCCUACUCGGAAGGCAAGAAAGCUGGCCACAACCCGGAAAACUCGCCCAUUGAGCUGGCCUACAUAGAGGGCCACAACAAGGGUUCUGGUUCUGACGAUGUCGUGAAACAGGCGUACCAGGAGGGCCACCAUCAGGGGCAGUCUCAUGGAAAGUCUCAUGGCGCCUACGGAGCCGCUGGAGCCACUUCCUCCUCCCACGGAACCUCCGGUGCUACCUCCUCCUCCUCUCACGGAACCUCCCACUCCCCCUCUGUGGUCGCCUCCUCCCACGUCGGCCGCGUCGUCACUUCUCCCCCUCCCGUCAAGCGCGAGCCAGUCACCAAAGACCUCAGUGGCGACUUCACCAACGAGAAAAACCCAUUGGACCGCUCGUUGAUCGGAAAGGAAAGAGACCCCGAGUACAACGACCCCAACUGCUUGCACGAGAACUCCAAUCCCGACUACGCCAACGAUGCCACCAACGACAAGGGUACUGGUUACUUCUUCGACCCCAAGGACACCCAGGGCGGAGUCUAUGGUGACAGUGCUGGUCCGUACGACGAGGCCACGCGCGCUAAGUUGGAGCGCAACAAGAAUUUGAAGACCCAGCCUGCUGCCUACGCAGCCCAGGCCAAGCAAGAACAAGAGCUUGAAGCUGUCAAGGACAGCUCCUAUGCUGAGGGCGUCAAGGCUGCUCACAGAGACACCUCGCAGGCGUCGUCUUCAGCCCAGGCUUCGUCCUCGCAGGCACUGGCUGCAAAUGCCAGUAGCAGUGCGAACGACAACGCUGGCAAGGGUACUACCUUGGACCCCUCGGAAGAGCACUCCAGAAACAAGUCUGCGUUCAACUCCUCGGGUGUCACCACCGCCAAGAAGGACUUGGGCGUAGCUACUGCUGCUGGCGGUGCUGCCACUGCUGCUGCCGUGGGCGCAGGCUCCCAUUCUGGCUCCAAUUCUGGCAAGCAUGCCUCUAACACCUCCUCUAACGCCCAACCCUACUCGGGAAGCAUUUCCCCCAAGCCUGCCCUGAAAUCUGACGACAAGGACGCUGCCAGACAGUUUGCCAAGUCUGGCGCUUACGACUCUACCCUGACCUCCCACACUAACGACAAAUCAUACACUGCCACUGCUGUGCCUCCUUCCAGCAAAGACUUCGACUACGAAAGUGAGCUCAAGAAGUUGGACAGACAGAUCGACCAGACCCAGAACGAGAUCGAGAACUUGAAGAGCUCCAACGUCUCAACCACCGGUGUCUACAACCAGGACCUCGCCUCAGACACAAGCAAGUCUUUGGACCCACACUCCGACCACCACUCUGGUGCUGCUGGCGCUGGUGCUUUAGCCGGUGCCUCUGGCGUAUUGGCAGCUGCUGCUAGCUACGUUGGCCUCGGUGGAAAGAGCUACGACGCUUCCGAACAUCCUGUGGUACACGAAGCCUACGAAGCAGGAUUGAAGGCAGGAAAGUCAAGCUCCGGAGCCGCUAGACACUCAUCCAAGACAAGCUCCGGCUCGGCUGCUGGAUAUGCCCCUGCUGGAUACUCUUCCAGUGAAACUGCUCCGCUUUCUAAGUCAACUGAAACUAGUCAUGGUGCUAGCCAAACUGCUCCAGUUUCCACCACUCACAAUACCAGCCAAACUGCUCCAGUUUCCUCUACUCAUAGUGCCAGCCAAACCGCCCCAGUUUCUAAGUCUGUCGAAACUCAUGGUACUAGCCACUCUGCCCCAGUUUCCGCAAGCAAGUCUUUGGACCCACACUCCGACCACCACUCUGGUGCUGCUGGCGCUGGUGCUUUAGCCGGUGCCUCUGGCGUAUUGGCAGCUGCUGCUAGCUACGUUGGCCUCGGUGGAAAGAGCUACGACGCUUCCGAACAUCCUGUGGUACACGAAGCCUAUGAAGAAGGAUUGAAGGCAGGCAAAUCAAAUUCCGGAGCCGCUACAGGAUACUCUUCCAACCAAGCUGCCCCAGUCUCGAAAUCAGUGGAAACUACUCAUGGUUCUGGACAGACUGCGCCAGUCUCCAAGUCAGUUGAAACCACCAAUGCGCCAGGCCAAACGGUAUCAGACUCCAGAAACACCUCAGCAGGUAUCUUUGGUGGUGCUGCCAGUGCCGCAAGUGCCAUUGCUGCCGGAACACUUGGUUUUGGUUCUGGUUCUUCCCACGAAGACAGGGAUUUGAAGAAGUCUGAAUUGACUUCGGAAGAUGCUUACGUCAAGACUUCUGGUAAAGCUACCGGAUUGGAUCAGGUCAAUGCCGACGGCUCCCAAAAGCCAGGUUUCUUUGACGGUGCCACUGGUGCCUUAAGUGCCGCUGCUGCCGCCGCUGGAUUUGGUGGUGCUGCUGCUGCCACUUCGUCUUCGGACCCAGUCCAUGAAUCUUACGAUGCUGGCAAGGUCAAGGCUAAGGAAAACAUUGGUACCUCCAAGUCUGCUGAGAUCGGUACAACUCACCACAAGAGCUCUGACUCCCCACAGAAGCCAAUUCUUGAUGACGUUGACGACAAAAGCGAUACUAGAACUAGCCACUCCUCCAACUCUGGAAUUUCUGGAUACUUGGCUGGUGCGGCAGGUGCAAUUGGCCUUCCAUAUGGUUCUGACUCAAAGACCAGUGCUACUGCUACUUCUACGUCUACUGAUCCACAUGCCAAAUCCAGUGGAUUAGUGGGUGCAGUUGACGGCCACGAAGAUGUUGCAAAGGCCAAGGCCCAUCCCACUAGUAAGGACCCAUUGAAGGAAACCGAAACCGACGAAAAGGAUGAAGGCGAUGGAGUCCAAAAGGUCCCAGGGUUGACCCCAACUGAAGAGUCAGCCAAGGGUACUUCUUCCAAGGACAAGAAAUCCAAGGAAUUAGAAUCUGAAAAUAAGGACCUUGCAAGCAGUGGUAACUCCAACAAGGGAAUUCUUGCCUCUGCUGGAGCUGCUGUUGGUGGUGUUGCUGGCGCCUUGGGUGUAUCUGGUACUAAGUCAGGAGUUCCUGCUCCAGGCGAGUCUUUGAUUGCUACUGCUGAGCGUGUCGAUGACGAUGUUGCCAAAGCCAAGCCUCAUACAACUGGAAAGAGUGCUUUGACUGAUUCUGGUGAAACGAACGACAAAGACGAUGGUGUUCAACAAGUACCAGGAUUAGUUCCAGCCAGCGAAAAGGAUGACUCCAAUGCCAAGGGCAAGGAUAGCGGAUCUUCCAAGAUGACUGAAGCCGAAGUGGAUGCCUACAACAAGAAGCAUGGUUUCAACAAGAAUGACAAGAGAUCUUUGGUUGAAAUCGCAGAACAUGCUGAUCCUGAAAUCAAGAACCUUAGUAGUCAUCAUGGUAAGUCAGUUACUGAGGAUGGUGACGAAGAGGUUGAAACUAAGGAUGGUGAUGUUCAACCACUUCCUACUCUGGACUUCAAGCAAAAUGACUUUAUUCGUACUGGUGGUAAGGAAGGUUCAUUGAGUGACCCAGUGGACUCCAAGUCUAGUCCUCAUCAAAAGAACUCCAAUCCUACCAACAAGAAGCAAGAAAACCAAGCUUAUGCUACGGGCCACUCAGCGAAGGACCCUCAUAAGGAGCAUAUAAACCCUGCAGACAAGAUCGAUCGUGCUUACAAGGAUGAAAAGCCCAAUACCGCAGGUAUUUCCCACGAUACUCACCAAGAGACUAGUCAAUCUGACAGUUCUAACUAUGGAUAUGGUGCAGGUUUACUUGGUGCAGGUGCAGGUGCCGUUGGCGGCGCAAUCUCGUAUUUGUCAGGGGGUAAGAAGGCUGAUACUCAUACUGAGCACUCUAACACCGUGAGCGAUGUUCACGGUGAGAGUAACCCGAGGCAACGUACCGCCCCCCAAUCAAAAGAAGUAAAGAACGAGGCUUACAGUGAAGGAUUGAAAGCUGGUGCUUAUGAGUCAGGCAAUGUUGCGGCUGCAAAAGAUGUCAGCAGCCUGUCUCAUGGAGCGAACACGAAGGACUUAAGUUCGACCCCUUACAAUGAAGGUUUGCAAGCUGGUGCUUACGAAUCAGGUAAUGUUGCGGCUGCGAAAGAUGUUAGCAACCAGUCCCACAACUCCAACUCCAAGGGAUUGAGUUCCAAUACCGGACUGACUGCAGCUGGUGUAAUUCCAAACAAGGAUCAAAGCUUUACUGCUGAGGACCACAAGGAAUUUUACGCAGCUGGUGUUCACAAGGCUGCUUACGAGCAUGGCCAUGAUCAUGGUCGUAGGGAACAUGAGGACUCAAAGCAUCAAGCUAGUGAUCAAGGAUUUGGUACUGGCGCUGACUCAAAGCACCAAGGUAUUAACCGAGGAGCUGUUGCCGGAGGAGCUGUUGGAGGAGCCGCUAUUGGGGCUGCCGGAUCAUCUGCCCUCGGUCAUUCUUCAUCCAAUUCUUCUAGAAGCAAGAACUCUGGGAACAAAGAUGAGCUAUUGGUAGAAGUUAUUGGUGUUUCUGACAAGGAAGAGGCCUCGAAGAUUGCCCGUUCUGCCUCCAAAGAUUUGAGCAAACAAGGAGUAGACUUAUCCUCGGGUAAGUUGGUUAUCAAUGCCAACACUAGGGAAAUCUACAAGACUGAUACUGAUCAACCAGCACAAAGCUUAGUCCAGGACGAGAAGAAUGCAUCAAGCUCCAGAGCAUCCAACUCACAUGGUGCUACUGGUGCAGCCGCAGCUGUGGGAGCUGCUGGUGCCGCUGGAGUAGUUGCAGGUAGCCAAGCAGUUCACCAUGAUGGAUUUGGUUCAGGUUCGAAGUCGUUGAGGGAGGAAGACAUUCAAAUUCCUCAACGUCAAGAUCUUACCAGUGCCGACCCUUCCCAGCCAAACAAGUUCCACGAUGAGCAUGAGAAAGCUAAAGAAAGAUUGAGUAGAGCUGCAAACGAGGGCCAUCUUGGAAAUGUUGCACCAGCCACCUCUACCCAUGAAAGUGGGAAGAAGGAAGACGUCUUGGUCAACGUUCGUGGAACCAAGAGCAACACGGACGCAACUAAGAUUGCUACAGGUGCAAUUCAAUCUUUGAAACAAAGUAAACCAGAAGUGUUGGCCAACGCUAAGCAACUUAAUGUUGAUUCCACAACCGGAAUCAUCACUGAUGAAGUUGGAAAUUUUGUUGCUUCUACUAACGAAGGAAGAUCCACUAAGUCAGGGUUGUCCAAUGAAACCAGAAGUGGUUUAUCGAAUGAAACCUACGAUUCCAGUGCUUUGCAAAAUAAGUCUGGCAGAACUACUGACAUUUCUGGUGGUCAAAGCCACGGUGGAUUGACCCACCAUGGUAACAGUCAUGCUUCUGGCGUUAGAGGAGGAUUGUCUAGCGAAACCUACGACUCUAGUGCCUUGCACAACAAGCAAGGUGUUUCCACUAAUAUCGGUGCUGGCAACACUGAUGCCUACACAGAGCCAUCUAUUGGAUCUUAUCCAGCUCAAAACCACGGUUUGAGUGGCAGCUCCGCUCACACCAGUGCUCCAAGAGAAACUAGUGCUGACUUUGCUGCUGGUGGUGCAAGUGGAGCAUACAAUUCCAAAGCAGUCCCAUCUGAAAAUGUGACUACGGGUACCCAUUCCCAAAGGCAAGAAGUCAGUCAAACCGGUCAUGUUAACCAUGUCCAGAUGCCAGGCAGCUUCAUUCCUUAG